UUUAAACCGUUGCAUCCCGAAAACAAUAAAACGGAAAAUAUCAAUCACGGUUGGCGUGUGUUCAAAAAUCAAUUAAAACUCUCAAUUAUACGGCUUAAAAUAAUAACAUUUGCUACAGAAUUUGAGUACUUCCACGAUGGAUUUUGAUUGGGAUAACAUCAGUAUCGGAGAACCGGAAUUGAAUGAAUCUAACAACUUUUUCUUUCGACACGUCAAAAAGGAAAAGUCGACUCCGAACGGAUGCAAUUCUAUGUCAAAUAUUUUAUCCGAGAACAGUCAACGAUCCACCACGAGAAUCCUGCGCAACGCUUUUACGCCGAUUAAAAAUCGCCAAGAGGACCCCUGCGAGAAAGCCUAUCGCUAUGCCCAAGUGUACGAAGCCAAACGGCAGGCCCUCAAGGAAAAGGAAGGAAAACAGCUGCAAGAAAUGAAGAAAUUCCAAGCCCGACCGGCCCCGAACUUUAACAAAGGCUUGAAGAAGGAAAACUCGGAACCAAAGUUUACCCUACCCAUCACCCCGAAGCAAAUGAAACCGGACCGGCUUCAAAAAGCCGCCGAUAUGGCCAAGAAACAACAGGAGCGAGUGAAGGGUGCUCACAAGGCUAGCGAGCAGCACCAGGACCAGGAUGGGUGCUUACUGACCGGAGUCGCCCCGCAUGAUUCGUUCACGUUGCGUAUGUCGGCCCGUUUGCAGGAACGCAAGCUGAUGGAUGAACAUCGCCAAAAGAUUCGGGAAGAGAAGGAACGUUGGGAGGCGGAACAGAAGCGGCUCGCCGCAGAGGAGGAACUCAAGAAGAUAAGGAAACAGAAGGAGUUCAAGGCGAAACCCAAUCCCUUUAGGAAGUAGAGUGUCGUCAAGUGUUCUUUCAGAGGUAUUUUUCUUAAUUUCAUUUUAUUUUAUUUUCUGACACAUUGCAUAAGAAUGGUAUUUUUUAAGCAAUUGCUUGUAAUAAAUUAACUACAAUGUAUAGACCA